AUGGCGGCGGAACAGCGAAAGCUGCUUGAGCAGCUCAUGGGAGCGGACCAGCUCGUUGGUCUUGGAACUCCCUCUCGCAACGCUCAAUUAUCUAUCACCGAUUCUAAAGUCUGCCGCUCGUAUCUGGUUGGGACCUGUCCGCAUGAUUUGUUCACCAACACCAAGCAGGACCUCGGUCCCUGCCCCAAGGUGCAUAGUGAGGGAUUGAAGACGGAGUACGAAACCGCUUCCUCGUCGGAGAAGGCCAAAUGGGGCUUUGACUUCGACUAUCUGCGCGAUAUGCAAAAAUAUAUUGAUGACUGUGAUCGGAGGAUUGACUCGGCCCAGCGACGGUUGGAGAAGACUCCGGACGAGAUCCGACAGACAAACAACCUUCUUAAACAAAUAUCCGACCUUUCCAAAACCAUCAAUACCGGCCUGCUCGAAAUUUCCGUUCUAGGCGAAACUGGCUCCGUGGCACAAGCACUCAAUGAACUUCACAAGACUCGCACUGCCAAACACCAAAAGGAAACAUGCGAGCGCGAACUGAAAAACCUCCAGGAUACCUCUGGUCCCUCCGGUCACCAGAAGCUGCAGGUGUGCGAUGUUUGCGGUGCUUACCUGAGUCGUCUGGACAAUGACCGUCGGUUGGCCGAUCACUUUUUCGGAAAGAUGCACAUGGGCUAUUCGGAUAUGCGCAAGACAACCAAGAAGCUGAGCGAAGAGCUCAAGGGUAGAGCACCACCGGUUCGUCACCAUGACGAAGAAGAAGGUGGAUGGGGUGGACGGUCUGGUGGUGGAAGAGGGCCUCGGUAUGGCGGUGGCGGUGGAUACAGAAAGCGUGGACGAUGGUGA